AUGGAGAGGUCCACGAAGAGGCUGAGACACCUCACGCACACCGGAGGCCCCCCCGCUGCCGUUACGGUCGUCCCACCGACUCCCACCCAGCGUAACCCCGCCGAUCAGCCAAGCGGCGACAGCUACGACAUGACAACUAACGAACGGGAAACGGUUCGACUCAGAUCUGUCUUUUCGCUUCCCUUCUUCUCCCCGCUGCCUUUAGAGCGCCCAGGGAUACAAGAAGAAAUUUACAGAAAGGACGACAAGCUCCUCACCUUGUUAAAAGAUGUUUAUGUCGAGUCCAGAGAUCCACCUGUGCGGGUAAAAGAUGGAGGUGGCGAACAUCUUCCCUGUAAACAGGAGGAAAAGAGACUUACAAAACUAGGCCACUUGGGAGAUCUAGAUGUUAAGAAAGUUCCCAAAGGCAAAAUUUCCAUUGUGGAGGCUCUGACACUUCUUAAUAAUCAUAAACUUCAUCCUCAAAUAUGGACCGCAGAGAAAAUAGCAGUGGAAUACAGUCUGGAACUGAAGGAGGUCAACUCUCUUCUGGAGUUCUUCAUUCCUUUCACUGUGCAGGAAUUUCCUAAAGAAGCCAAAAAAGCUAUAAAGCCAACAUAAAAAAUACCUACCAAAACCUUGUGUGAUCUCACUCGUGUCUUAAUUUUACUCUUGAGCAUAUUCAGUGUCUGAGAAGAGUUGAUAACGUAUCAUCCAACAAGGCUGCUUCCUUAUACCAGUAAGAUGUAUUCAAGCAAUUCCAUUCUAUAUUGGAUGGCUUCAGUUAAAUGCAGCAAUUAUAGGGUACAGUUUGUAAACCAGAAUCUAACUAAUAAGUUGUAUAAGAGCAUGUCACAUGAUUCCAAUUAUCCCACCCACAUGUUACGAGUUCAGUUAAAGCAUGCAAGUUCUUAGUGAGAACUUUACCUUAACAGGUUGCCUUUCUUAGCAGAGACUUCCUGGCCUUCAGCUGAAUCAGUGCUCUGUGUGUAUUAGCUCUGCAGUUUCAUGUUACAGUGUUCUUUCAAGGAGUUGCUGUCAAGGUGUGCAUAUAUACAAACAGCUGUAUUUCUUUUGUAUAAGAAUGGAAUAGUAUUUAUACUUUGUAAAGGAGGUUAACCACAAGAUCAUUUGGGAAAUUCAGC